AUGGCUUCAGUUUCUGUUCCGCCAGCCGAGAUAUUGCUGUCGAAGAGAGUUCAAGAAAUGGUCCUAACAGGCGAGCAGCCUUUGGGACCGUAUUUAUGCAGAGACGAACACGAAGGCAUUAAUGAAGGCGAGAAAGACGAUCACCCAAUUCCUACAGUCGAUAUCGGUUGCUUUGAGCCCGGAAAAUGGUCCACCGAAGAAAGCGAACGAGAACUUGAGAAACUCAAGUCUGCACUCUCUACAUGGGGAUGUUUUCAGGCCAUAGGUCAUGGGAUCCCAAGUGCUUUCUUGGACAGGCUACGACGAGUCGGGAGGGAGUUUUUUCAGCAGCCAAUGCAUGAGAAGAACAAAUACGCAAAGACAGUGACCGAGUUUGAAGGCUACGGGGCCGAUCCAGUUCCGGAACAAGGACAGUCGCUCGACUGGUCGGACCGUAUUUUUAUCGUGUUAGUCCCUGAAGACCAACGAAACUACAGAUUCUGGCCUCAAAAUCCAGCAUCUUUCAAAGAAACUCUGGAAGAAUACUCAGAAGAAAUGAAAAGGGUGACAGAUACUAUCUCCAAAUCCAUGGCGAGAUCACUUAAUCUCGAUGAGAGCUGUUUCCUUAAACAGUUUGGUGAUCGAGCGCAGUAUCAGGCGAGGUUCAACUACUACUCACCCUGCACGAGGCCCGACCUCGUGCUAGGCCUCAAAGCCCAUGCAGACGGGUCGGGUUACACCGUAAUAGUUCAGGAUGAACCGGGCCUCCAAAUCCUCAACGAUGGAGAAUGGUGCACGGUCGCUCAAAAUCCCGAUAAUGCCCUUAUAGUACUCAUGGGUGACCAAAUGGAGAUUAUGAGCAAUGGGGUUUUCAAGAGUCCGGUGCACAGAGUGGUGAGCGACUCGGAAAAGGAUAGGAUGUCGGUGGCAGUUUUUUACUCGCCGGAAGUCGGGAGAGAGAUUGGGCCGGAAGAGGGAUUGAUCAGUGAAGAAGGUCGGAGGGUGUUCGGGAGGGUGAAAGAUUACGCGGAUGUUCACUGGGGAUAUUAUCAGAAGGGGAUGAGGGCACUUCAUACAGUGUCUUUGUGA